AGAACUAGGCCAGGGUGCUCUCAGGCUGCCGCCUGGUCCUCGGUACCCGGGGCACUAGCUGCCCCGGGCUGCUCGCAAGUGCAAGGACCGGGUGGCUCUUCUAGCGCAGAUGGUGCACGGUAGAGACCGCCAGGAGCUGGGGCUCGGAAUCUCCUCUCUCCGGAACGUGAGUCACCGCCCGAGCCACUUCCAAUUAGAGUGUUAAUUAGGAGGAAAGACCCUCCUCCACCACCGCCCACCCGAGCACGCACCAGCCCCGAGACUUCCGGAGGCUCCAGCUAAAGUUUCGGUCCCAGCUCGGGGAAGGAGCUUUGGCUGUGCUGGAUGCCCUGGAGGAACAAGGAGGCCUCCAGUCCCUCUGCUGCUAACCCUCCUUUGGAGGCCCUCCAGAGUCCCAGCUCCAGAGGCAACAUGGCGGACAAGCUGAAGGACCCCAGCACCCUGGGCUUCCUGGAGGCCGCCGUGAAGAUCAGCCACACGUCUCCAGAUAUCCCGGCGGAGGUACAAAUGUCAGUUAAGGAGCACAUCAUGCGUCACACCCGGCUGCAGCGACAGACCACAGAGCCAGCAUCAUCCACCAGGCACACGUCCUUCAAGCGCCACCUGCCACGGCAGAUGCACGUCUCCAGCGUAGACUAUGGCAAUGAGCUGCCACCCGCGGCGGAACAGCCCACCAGCAUCGGCCGCAUCAAGCCUGAGCUCUACAAGCAGAAGUCAGUGGACGGCGACGAAGCCAAGUCCGAGGCCGCCAAGAGCUGUGGGAAGAUCAACUUCAGCCUACGUUACGACUACGAGAGUGAGACCCUGAUCGUGCGCAUCCUGAAGGCCUUUGACCUCCCUGCCAAGGACUUUUGUGGAAGCUCUGACCCUUAUGUCAAGAUCUACCUCCUGCCUGACCGUAAAUGCAAGCUGCAGACCCGGGUGCACCGCAAGACCCUGAACCCCACCUUUGAUGAGAACUUCCACUUCCCUGUCCCCUAUGAGGAGCUGGCUGACCGUAAGCUGCAUCUCAGUGUCUUUGACUUUGACCGCUUUUCCCGCCAUGACAUGAUUGGGGAGGUCAUCCUGGACAACCUCUUUGAGGCCUCCGACCUGUCCCGGGAAACCUCCAUCUGGAAGGACAUCCAGUAUGCCACCAGUGAAAGCGUGGACUUGGGAGAGAUCAUGUUCUCCCUCUGCUACCUGCCCACGGCCGGCAGGCUAACCCUCACGGUGAUCAAAUGUCGCAACCUCAAGGCAAUGGACAUCACAGGCUAUUCAGAUCCCUACGUCAAAGUGUCCCUGCUUUGUGAUGGGCGGAGGCUGAAGAAGAAGAAAACAACCAUAAAGAAGAACACUCUCAAUCCUGUCUACAAUGAGGCCAUCAUCUUUGACAUUCCCCCAGAAAACAUGGAUCAAGUCAGCCUGCUCAUCUCAGUGAUGGAUUACGACCGAGUGGGUCACAAUGAGAUCAUAGGAGUCUGUCGUGUGGGAAUCAAUGCUGAAGGUCUGGGCAGGGACCACUGGAACGAGAUGCUGGCCUACCCACGGAAGCCCAUCGCACACUGGCACUCCUUGGUGGAAGUAAAGAAAUCCUUCAAAGAGACGGGGAAAGGAGGCGGAGGCUGCCUGGCAAACAGCCCUGACGUCAGCCGUUUGAAAGCAACAGUGAGUUCUUAAUGGAAAAUAAAAACUUUGAAGAAGACUUCCCAGCAGGCCACUGUGCCAGGCCUAAAAAGCCUUCACCAAGCUGGUGGGCCAAGUGAGUCCUUUAGGAGAGAGCCCCGAGGGGGUGAGAUCAGAACUUGGCAAGAAGUUCUGCCUCUGUGGGAACAGUGAGUUCCCCGGGGCUCCAGCCCGGCAGUCACUUGGCAGUUUUCACAGACUGGCUGGAGAUGUGGCCAUAGAGCAGAUUUCUUCCUCUCGUGAAGGUGGGUUCUCACCAUUGUGGGGGGCAGGAGCGUGGCCUCAAGGUGUCACACUUUCUGGCUGAAGCUGGAUUCCGUCAAAGCCGUAGACCGGGUGUCCUGAGACUUGGGCUUCCAUCUUGGCCCCUCCUGACUUGCUGUACAAUCUGUAGCCUUCCACUCUGUCUCAGCUACCAAGAAAAUGUCCCUCUGAGUAAUGCCCCAUCUCCAUCCACCAGACCCCACCCACUUAAGAUCCUUUGAUCUGUCACUCUAGUGACCUGCUUUUUUCCCCAAUUGGCUUGGGAUAUGGGGGUGACCAGGCAAGUCUGGAAGCUCAUUUUUUAAUAUCGUAUACUCCAGUAUAAUCCAAGAAAGCUGGGCGUUUAUUCUCUCGUCUUAACAGGCUUCGACCCUACUAAGUCCAGAGAGCUGUACAAAAUUGGAAAACUUUAAAGCUUUAUCCCUUCCAUCCUAUGAUUCCCUCAAUUUAAAAGCCAACUCACCUUAAAAACAGUUACCCCCUCCCACUACGCUGAUAUAGAAAAGGUAGGCGUGGGAAAACCCGGGGGAGCUGCCAGCUUCCUUUGCUUCUCAGGGUGGACAAAUCAUUUCCACCUGCUUUACAGCAGUAGGAAGUAUGCCGGGAGAGACUGGGAGCUGAGGGAACGGGGCCCAAGGAAACUCGUGGGAGAUGGUGGCUUCCCAGGAGCCAGGCCCAUUGACUUACCUCUCCAGGUAGCCUGUGCUUUGUGACGCUCCUGACCUAUGGCCUGUAAGGCAGCAUCAAGGACUCAGGCAUAGAUCCAAGUUCCUGUCAGUUGAGGCCUUAGGUUUCUGUCUUGAUUUUCCCACAGCUGUGGAGCAUUAAUGAGGCCAGACCCUCUGUCUGCAGCUACCCCUAAGGUAGCCCUCCCCUCUCUUCCUGCAGUGGGAAUAAGGUACCCACCACCAGCCACAGGGGGCGCUAUUGGGCAGAACCCUAUGCAACCUGAUGACAAUCUAGGCCCUCACUAAAGGUGGUGUGGAUUCCACCCAGGAAGUGGCCAUGAUAACCCGCCCCCACAUCUUGUGGACAUAUUUAGGAAUAGAAUAAGCGUACUAAACUGUUUAGAGUGGCUUAGGGGCAGGGCAUGGAAUGCAGCUAACACACCUCUGGAGCAGACCCCUUGCAGCUAACUCCCUUCCCCAUCUUUGCUUUUUAGGGAAACGUUGACCCUAAGCCACCACUGGGCCCAGGAGCCCACAGGUUGCACUGUGACUGACUUUCUCACCUCCACACUCUGUGAUUACCAUAAUCCAUCAGGCUUACCAGGCUGGGUCUACCCUUGGCAAAGGAAGUAACUGGUCAGAGCAGCAGCUGGAGCAAGGGUGUAGGGUACCACCCAGGUGCCAGAACUGGGCCCCCGAAUAACAAUGAAUACAACCUAAUUAAGUCAAAUAAUUGAAUCCAAAUUCUGUUUCUUUGAGAACUCUGACUCACUAGUCCAGACUACAAAAGAAAGAAAGAUAAUGUAGAAUCAAGCCCUUGAAAAUGAAUAUUUGAUGAGACAGUAAGAGGCAAGUAACAGUAUAUGGAAAACGAAAAGAGAAUAAAUUGAUUCAGAUCCUUUGGGUUUUUUUUUUUUUUUUCUUGACCUCACACGCUGUGCGCCUGAGUCUGCCCCUCCCCCCCGCUAUCCUACCAUUUUCUGCUCAGCUGAUCAUUUCUCUGUAUAAAGAAGCCAAAAAAUGACAUUCAUCUCGGCAACUUAGGAUAGCAAUAGUAUGUAUUUGUAUAGAAUUUUCACUGACACUUUUAGCACCCACGGUUUUACGUAUCUUGGUAAAAAUGCAUCUAAACCCCACCAGGCUGAUAUUAAGUGAACCUCUGGGGUUCACGUGAAGCUUUGAGCUUGAACAUACAUCUUCUCAGUCACCUUGAGAGCUCCCACUCUGCCUUCUUUUUGGUUCUGUUCUGGCCAUUGAGCAAGAGCCUUGUUCCUGAAACUUAGGUCUCCUAUUUGUGUAAUCCAUAAAGAAAUCUUCUCCAGCUCCCGGGAAGAUAAAUGGCAUCGUAUCGGUAAGCACUCCAUAUUUAUCUUGCACCUUUCUCAACAGAGCCUCAAGUGUUGUGAUCAUUUCUUUUUUUUUUUUUUUUAUUAUUAAUGAGAACACAGGACACCAUACUUACGUGCUGGUUUGGUGCUUAAAAUAAGGUUGAGGGGAAACAAAUUAACUGAAAAGGUAUUUUUCCCUGCUGGGAUCUCUCAUGAAUAAAAAUUCAUUAAGCCACAAUGAGCGCCCUUCCCCAGCUGCAGCGCCAGCCCCUUCCCUCCCAGCACUCCUGCCAACAUUUUUUUUGUGUGUGUGUGUUGUCACCACACACAGGGCCUGGUUGACCAGUGAUUUUCUCCAAGGUGCUUUAUCAGGAAGGCCAACUUCAGAUCAUCUGCCAGAGAUUUUAGAUCUCUGCUGGAAUGUGAUCCUUUUCAGAACAAAAGACCCUCCCCCUGGAACAAUAACUUUCCCACCUGGAGGGGACAGGUUCUGCGCUAUUUCAGAGCCAUCUCCAUAAGCCUGGGAAUCAUUCACCUUUCCAUUGUCCAUGAACCUCAUCUCCUCCCUUUGUUUAUCUUCAUAGGCGAAAUCAGGGACUAGCAGGAGAGCCAGUGUUCCUUCUUCAUUUGUUCUGGAUAAACAAUUAUGCUCUGUGUGACUAUUCUUUGGGCUGUUAUAUAAGGGGGAAAAGGUAUUCUGUGUAGCCAUUUCCUGUUUUCUCCUCUGACCUGGCCUAUCAAUCAGAUUGUUUAAGUAGCAGGCUCACCCAGGGGAGAAGCCAGUAAUUACAAUGUACCUUUCACCGACAUUAAAGGUUGGAACAGGAAAAAAGAAAAAAAAAAAAAACCCAACUCCUAAAAUGAAG